UCUGGGACAGCACAGAGUAUUGCCAUUCAGAGGGAAUCCCACGUGGUAGUGUCUGCGUAUCGGUGUGCACUGCAAUCCCCACCAGAAAUAUAACGAUGGCCAGUGAUUCUGGCAGCGAUUAUGAGGUGGAGGCUUUCAUCAAUCCCAAGCGGGUGCGGCGCACGGUCAACGACGACAGUGCGGAUCUGUUGGGAAACUUCGAUGACCAGAAGCGGAGGGAGAUCUUCGAGGGCACGUAUGUGGACAAGGAGGACGGACGGAAUCCCAGUGACCCAGAGGAUAGUAACAGCGAGGAUGAGGCCAGGUCCGACGACGAGGCAGCCGCUGAGGGCAGUGCUGCUUCCGCAGCUGAGGAAGAGGAAUCUGCGGAAAAUGGGCAGAUAACCAGUGACCAGCUGAGUUCACUGCUUCGAGGAGCCUCAAAAACCAACAGACACGUCCUGUACGUGACGAACCUCAACUUCGAAACUACAAAGGACGACCUGGAGCUGCACUUCUCUGCGGCAGGCGCGGUCAAGUCCAUCCGCAUUCCCAAGAAGCGGCGAGGGGGAUUCGCCUUUGUGGAAAUGGCCGACUUGAGCAGUUUCCAGAAUGCCUUCCAGCUGCACAACACAGAGCUGCAGGGACGCAACAUCAAGGUGCAGAUCUCCGAGGCGGGCAAGAAGAAGUCGGCCAACAAGAAGAACAUCAUCAAGCAGAAGAACCGAAAGCUGGCCGAGAUGCGCAACGAGCAGAAGACCUUCACGAAGAGCGGCAAGUUCUACGACAAGGACCUGAAAAAGGAGAAGGCCAAGGAAAUGCUGGCGCGAAAGCGGUGGCGCAAAAAUCCCGCCCCCAGACCCACAUAAAUAGCAUAAGUUCUUACAAUGUAAGCCAUUCUAUGAUUAUUUAACAACAAUUAAAAGUUAAUAUUACCGGAUAAAA